AUGGUGCGUUGGGAAGUUCACGCCGGGCGCGCUCUCCGCUACCCGGAACAUUCGUACAUCGCCGCAGAGCUUGGGAUGCGAGAACCCAAAUCCGACUACCCCGUUAUUCGUGGCGGGACAGACCGCUACGCCAUGCACAAAGUUGGUCCUGUACUCUCUGUUACUCAUGGAAUUGGAAUCCCGUCCAUAUUAAUCAUGUUGCAUGAGCUAGUAAAGCUCCUCCGUCAUGCACGUUGCACAAAUGUGACAAUCAUACGCGUUGGGACAUCAGGUGGAAUAGGGGUUGAGCCUGGCACAGUCGUCGUGACCGAGGAGUCUGCGGACGGCACGUUCGUGCCCAAAUUCGAGCAGCCGAUGGCGGCCCGCGACACCGACCUGGACUACGACCUGGCCGAGGAGCCGCUUCUGCUGGGCCAGUUCAACACGGUGAUCGGCAACACCAUGUGCACGCUGGAUUUCUACGAAGGUCAAGGCCGUUUGGACGGGGGCUUUCUGCUUUUACAGGGAGAAGCCAGGGAAGCAGGAGUCUGCAAUAUCGAAAUGGAGUCGACCGCUUUUGCCGCCAUGUGCAAACCGAGCGGCCUCAAAGCGGCCGUGGUCUGCGCAACGUUAGACGAGCUGCCCAGCUCUCACGACGUCCUCCACAGCUACCAGCGGCUGCCUCCGAUCCUCGUGGUCUACGACAUCAAGAAGCAGCUCAAAGCGCUGAUACGACCGCACGUUUAUCAUCACUUAACUUUUUUUGCGUUCUUAACUGUGACUUCCUGACGACGCGAAUUGAAAUGUCAAUGCAGAUUUUCCAUUGAGUCAAUGAUUUUUGCGCUGGUUCUGUUGCAUUUCAGAGAAGCGUCGCUUUUUCUCGAUACUGUUAUA